AUGUGGUGGAUAGCCUGGGCUAUAUGCGGCCUCGCCGUAGUCCGCAUCAUACGCAACAUCACCUCCUUUUACAAAAACCUACAAUGGGCUCGUGGAAGUGGCCUCCCGUACGUAUGGAGCCCCUGCGGCCGGCUCGAUUUCCUCUGGAUCCUGGUGCACAAGCCGCUCAAGCCUCUUCUGAGGCGGCUGCCCUCUGGGCUCGGCGGGUUUGGUGAACACAAUGCCCUGGGCUGGUGGUUCGACGGCGACUAUCAGACCCUUCAGCUGCACCGCCGGCUGGGCAAGACGUUUAUCAACGUCACGCCUGGCAUGAGCGAGCUUCACGUGGCGGACCCUGAUGUGGCUCAGCAGGUGUUUAAACGCAAGUGGGAUUUCGAUCGUGAUGCGGACCAGAUGAGCCAUGCAAAGUUUUUUGGAGAAAGCCUGGUGUCGGUAACUGGACAGGAAUGGGCUCGCCAUCGUCGGAUAUCGGCGGCUCCGUUCAACGAAAGCAUCCACGAGCUGGUCUGGAACGAAGCCGUCCGCCAGACACGGCAAAUGUCCGAGUACUGGAGCUGCCAUGGCGAGGAGGGCUUCUCCACGACCCUCGAGGACCUCAACACGGUGACCCUCAACGUCUUUGCCAAGGCGUCCCUGGGGCGGGCCUGGGACUUUUGCAAGGCGGACGACAUCAAGCGCCGGGCCGAGAUCGAGGGCGAGUUCGAGGCGACGGGCAGCAACACAGCCACGGCCUCCACCAUGUGGACCUACCGCGACAGCCUCUUCUUUGUCACGCAAAACAUCGUUGCCUAUGUCAUGCUCCCUGACUGGCUACUGGCUGCUCCGGCCUGGGUCGUCCCGCCGCCGAUCAAGCGCUUCGUCACCGCCUGGAGGGACCUGGGGGAGUACUUUCGUCGGGCCGUCGACAAGACCAAGCAGCAAAUCAAGGAUGGCGAUGUGCAACGCAACCCUUCUGUCAUUAGCUACCUCGUCAACAAGUCCGAGGAGGUGCGCCGCGAGGAGGCUGUCGUGUCGGGGUCCGCGGGCAAGCCGCAGCAGGGGUUUAAGGAUUCGGAUAUUUACGGUACAUUAUUUGCCCUGAACCAAACCGGUCAUGACACGAGCAAAAGCGUCCUGGGCUCCGCCAUUUAUCUCCUGGCCGCCUACCCUGACCUGCAGGAUUGGAUCUGCGAACAGCUGGUAUCGGUGGACCCGGCGGGGAACAAGGUUUACGUGGAAACUUUUCACAGAUUAACUCGUUGCCUGGCGGUAAUGAAUGAAAGCCUACGUCUUUACCCGCCCAUACCUAUGGUCUACAGGUCCACUAUUGGCCCCGCGGGCCAAGACCUUAUCAUUGACGGCCGGACGGUGCACAUCCCACCCAAGACCUUUGUAAUCCCCAACAUCACCGCGGCGGCCACCCACCCAGAGUUCUGGGGCGAUCUGCAUAACACUAGCUGGCGGCCCCGCCGAUGGAUCGACCCGACCACCGACGAGCUGCGUAGCCCGUCCAGCGUCGCCGACGCCUUCUUCCCCUUCGCCGCGGGCCCGCGCGGCUGCAUCGGCAAGAAGUUUGCCCAAGUCGAGUUUGUAGCCAUCCUGUCUACUCUCCUGACGGGCUAUCGUAUCGAGGUGGUGCCCAGGGCUGGGGAGGGCAUCGGGGCGGCCAGGGAGAGGUGUGCCGACACUGUGCGGCGGAGUGAGAUGGAAUUGACUGUGCAGAUGACUGAUGCUUCUUCUGUUACCCUGAGACUGAUUGCACGCUAG